UUAAUAUUGAAUUAUAAAUAACGAAAAACAAACAACAUACGACCAUGAUUUCUGUCCCUCCGGUGGUAGAAUAGAAGAAGUGUUGUUCUCACGUCCAAACAUAACCAUUUAUAAUUUGUCUUAAAUAUUUACACUAAGAAGCGACGAAAAUGUCUGAGCAUUCAAUUCAUGAUAUGGCAUAUCGUGGUAAAACCGCGGAUGUUAUGCGUCUUAUAAGUGAAAAUCAGAAACUGAAGACAGAGAAGGACAGCAACGGACGUAUGUUAAUACAUUGGGCUGCACUUGGAGGCCAUGAUGACCUGGUCAGAUUUUUGUUAUCCCUUGAUGUACCCGUGGAUCCUACUGACGAUAUGGAGAUGACACCGCUAAUUUUGGCAGCAUCGGCUGGACGUGAAAAAGUGGUUAAUACCUUAUUAAAAGAGGGUGCAAAUGUUAAUGCUACUACACAAACUGGCCAUUCUGCGCUCCAGUAUGCAGCAUCGAAAAAUUGGCAGACUAUUUGCGCUGCAUUGUUAGAAAAAGACGCAGACGUUAAUAUAACAGAUAAUCGCGGUGCAACGCCAUUGCACAGGGCUGCCUCAAAAGGCAAUGUUGCUAUUGUGAAACUCCUUUUGGAACAUGGAAAGGAUUUAGAAAUAGAUAGCAGAGAUUACGACGCUAAUACUGCAUUACACUUAGCAUGUGAAGAAGAUCGCGUCGACGAAGCGAAAGUGUUGCUUGAACAUGGUGCGGAUUUAUAUUUACGAAACAAAGAGAAGAAGACUCCGUUGGACAAUGCCAGUCCAGGAUUGAAGCGACAAUUGGAAGAAAUUAGGAAGAAACAAAUUGGAAUGAAUUAAAAUACGAAUUGUAUUGGUUCAGUGGUGUUCAAUCUUUGCCCGUUUUUAAGGUCAAUGACAAGCAUUUUACAGUUCAACGUUGCGAAAAAUAUUUUGUAUGAUUAAAUUAUGUACAUCAUAAUGUAAU